ACUGUUGAGACCCUGAGAUGAUUCCAUCGUCUGUACCUGCUGCUAAUGCUUGGCUGAAGUCCAGACACAUCCAUGUCCCGGGGGACUGGCUGGAGGCGUGUGUAGAUUGGAUUACUGAGGAAAAUCAGAGAGUCCAGCUCUCUCAGACACAGUUAAAUGGACUGAUUUUUGAGCAGUGGCUUCUUGCAGACCUGCAUGAGAUUGGAUCCAGCUGCCUACCAGAGCAUGUAACAUCCUCCAAGGAAGUCCAGAUUAAUGGGAUGUUUGCCCUGCAAGUAGAUUCCAUGGUGGAUGUUGGGAAGCCUUACUAUGGACAGUUACAGAGGGUUCAGGGAGCCAGCACAGGGAACAUGGAGGUUACAGCAGAACCCACUCCCCCGUGGGAACCUAAGCCAACUCGGAUGAUGUUGUUGAACUUGACAGAUGGGAAUUUCAAUGUACAGGGGAUGGAGUACAAACAGAUUCCUAGUCUGAACAACCAAAUAAAGCCAGGCUGUAAGAUCCUUGUGAGGGGUAGGGUGCGUUGUCGGCGGGGCAUACUGAUGUUGACAUCAGACAAUGUUACAGUGUUAGGAGGGGAGGUGGAUUCACUGGUGGAGAGUAACACACCACAGAGUGUCCUCAAACAAGAAAUGGAGCAAAGUCUACAGUAUUCUGGUAAAGAAUAUCAUCAGGAGUUCUCAGGAAGUGAUUCCAUGAGAGCCAAAAAGAAAAUAAAAGUGGAAUCCAUGUCAAAACCACAGCAGUCUGCAGUGAGGGGCAGGGCACCAGAACAAAGUACGAGGAAUGCAGCUGUCCCUAAACAGGAAGCCGUAAAAGUAGAGGAUGAGUGGGGAGAUGAUAUUGAGUUAGACAGUUUGUUGGAGGAGGAUUUUGACAUGGAUGCUGUCCCGCCCCCUCCUGCCACAGCGACCAAUCAAAAUUGUAGACAAUGGAAGACAAACGCUGCCUCAAAUAAACAGCCAUUUAAGACAGGUCCCCCAGAAUCUCAGACAUUGACACAAUAUCAAAGGCUUUCUUCUCAGUCAGUCCCUAACCCUGCUACAUCAGUGAGAGGAAACACAGGGUGUGAAGAUAGAAGUUUUCAAAGAGCAGAAGAAAGACAGAAAACUCAUGAUGGGCAUCUGCCUGUUAGAAAAACAAAUCUAAAAACAGAGGUGUGUAAUGCCUCCAAUAAUAGUGCUAAAUAUAGUGAUAACACUUUGACAGCUAGUCAGACUAUGGUGAAGACAAGUAUUCCUCAGAAGAAGAGGAUUAGUGGUCUUCCAGAUAACGCUGUUGUUGAUGAGGAGCUGUUUGAUGAUAUGGAUGAUUUUGACAUUAUAUCUGUUGGUGAUGGCUAUUCUGUUCCUCCAGCACCCUGCACUGGAUCACAGGGCACAAAUAAAAACACAGAUAAUAGGGAAACAAGUACAGCUAAAAAUCAACAGCAGCAGAAGUCAUUAUUGCCAGUCCAAAGGAAGAAAUUAUUUAACAGUCCCCAGCAAACUAUAAAGGAAGAGAAAGCUUCACAGCUGGUAAACAGUCAGAAAAUAUCUCCUCCAUGUGUAGCUCCAGCCAAAACUGUAAGGUUCCAGAGAGAAGAGAAAACAAAGGAAAAGCCCAUCUCUAUUGCCAUUACAAGUCCACUGAAAACAACACAACCCAUAAGAGACCAACAAACAAACAUUCCAGAGCUACCCUGUGAUGCCAAACCCUUCACCUAUCUGGCCUUUAUAAAGAAAAGAAUCCCUGUCAGUCAACCAAUCACCUUCAAAGUUAAAGCCUAUGUGUCCACACUUACAGACAAGCUAAGCAGGCCAGCAGGCAUUAAAUGGCAGUUACCAUGUAAAAUAAAUGACGGCUCAGCUGUGAUGGAUGUUAAUCUCUCAGACAAGGUACUUACUCAUCUAAUAGGUUUCUCUGCUCCAGAGACUAUGGAGAUGAAACAUAUGAAACCAGACAGUUUUCUAAUGAAAAAGCUAAAUAAAGUAAGUCCUAUCAGUAAUCAACUUUUCAGCAUAAAGUAUCAUGCAUCUUAUAAAUCUGUCAGUAUGAGGUUUUGUUAUAUCUUUCCUUUUCAAUGAUAUGAACUA